AUGUCUGGGCGACAACACAUGCACGGGUCGACGCUGCAGCCGUCGUCGGACGAGAUCCUGCGGGAGGUCGAGAAUCUGCGGGAUAUACGGCGGCGGUCGACGGCUGUGGGCGGGCCGGUCAUCGACCCUGAUCUGCCGUGGCAGGGCGGUGCGAGCGACGACGGGAGCAGCAUGAGCAGCGGCGAGGACAGGUCCAGCGUCGAGGAGCCACAGACGCCGGCCGACGACCCCUUCCACCUGUUCUGGGUGCCCGCUCGGAUGCACCCGGAGAUCGACCCCAGCGAGUUCAGGUCCUUCCUCAAAGAGCACGCCCGCGCCCCAGAAGGACAGCUCGCCCGCGCCGGCAGCGUCGGCUCGGUCGGCCUCGGCCGCAAACGCUCGAUGCUCAGCCGGCAGUACAAUCCAAACAACGACCGCGACUCGGACGACGGCAAGGAGCCAGAGGUCCCAUUGCGACGAAACCGUACUAGCUACUAUGCCUCGGGGCCCCAGCUCACCAUCAAGGACCUCGAGAAGCUCGACCAGCUGGCAGAGGAGGCGUCUCAGUCCUCAGACCCUUCGACACUACGCAGUGUUCUUAGGCGCAGUCUGAGCAUGAAUGUCUCUCCUUCAGCGAUCGACAAAAUGGAAAGCCAGCCCGAGGAGGGCGACGAGGCGGAUGCGCCGAUUUUCAUACCGCGCCAGGGUCAGAUCCUACGGCGCGCGGCGCGAACGAAGAUUCGCAAGCCGGGCCAAGUAGGCGAGGGAAGCCAUCGCUUCACCGCGACGCGCCGCGGUUCUGCGCGAGCAGCGCCAGAUUAUGAGAUGCCGCCGGACGUGCCACCUCUGCCGGCAAGUUCCGUGGAGGGUAGCGAGCCGCGUUCGUCCAGCGACCUGUCAAGCAGCAGCGAACACGACGGAGUGGUCCAGCCCCGCCCACGCAGGGCCACAAACGACGAAGUUCGGCUCGUCGAGCGCCCGGACAGCUACAGCGCAGAAACGUUCAUCUACGACGCUUAUGCCGCAGACGAUUAUGACGACAAGGGCGCCAUCGUAGUUAGCCCGCUGUCACCUUCGCAGCCCGUCGAGCUUCCAUUCACCCGCUCGCCUUCGCCUCCACCGACUUCUGCUCCUGCGCCCGUUCUGUCACCAGAACCUGAACCUGCAGGCGCUUUGUUCGACUUUGCCAGCUUUGAUACAUCAGCGCCGGCGCUGUCGCUUGAUCUGCAGCAUCCUGCGCCCCAGCGUGCGACCACGCUACCGCCCGGUGGGAUCAUCGAGCCUCCUCGCGGAGAGUCACCCGACUCGAACGCAACACCAGUCCCAGCGACAGCCAUUCCGAUCUCAACGCCCCAACCUCAACCGCAGCCUUCGGUACAGCCUACACCCCUCGUACAACCUCCACAACCGCAGCUUCCCGUCCACGGCCGCACAGCCUCUCUCGAAGCGCUUCGUAACACGCCUUCACCCGGACCCGAACAGGGCGGGCGCAAGGAGAAAGACAAGAAAGGCGGGCUGUUCAAGUGGGGUUCGUCCGACAAGAAAUCGAAGAAGGAAAAGGAAAAGGACAGGCAUUCGGGCGGCUCGGCGUCGUCGCAUGGCCAUGCGCAUAGUCAUUCGCAUGAGGUUAGGGAAAAGGAGAAGGAGAAAGAGAAAGAGAAGGAUCCGGGUUUCUUCGGCUCGUUGUUCGGCGGGUCGAAGAAGAAGCACGAUGAUGGGCCUCCUGGGCUUGGUCAUAAUGCAGGGCGCGAGGCCGCGGCAGCUCUACUAGGCGCGAGCAAGGGUCGUGCGACGGCUACGCCCAGUCCCGGCCCUGGACCCGGCGGACUACAGCCGAACAACUACUCUCGCUACCCCAUUCACGUCGAGCGUGCGAUCUACCGCUUGAGUCAUAUCAAACUCGCGAACCCUCGUCGACCGCUGUACGAGCAGGUCUUGAUCUCCAACCUCAUGUUCUGGUACCUCGGCGUCAUCAACAAGGCGCAAACGCAGGCUCAACAGGCUCAAACGCCUCAGGCCGGUCAACCUGCUCAGCAGCAACCAGUUCAGCCACAACCUCAGCAGGCGCCAGCGCCACAGACCAAUGGAAGUGCCGCGCCUGAACAGCAGGUAGCGCCGCAGGUGCAAGCCGAGGAACCGGAGGCGAGCCGUCGUCGUGCGGGGCUUACCAAGGGACCUGCUGGUGCCGGCGGUGCUAGACGGAACGAAGCGCCUGUACGUGGACCGCAAUACGAUCUUCAACAUCGUGCGAUGGAGCAGGAGCGCGUAUACCCGUCCGGUAGUCCUGGACCUGUCAAAGGCCGCGGUUCGGUAGACUCUGGCCGAGAGUACGAGCAUAUUGCACAUGGGCAUGGUGUCGGUGGUGUCAACGGUCGACCUUCACUCGCGCAUAGCCAGAGUCAGCAGCAAUGGCAAGAGCAGACACAGCAAGCGCGACAGGCGCUCGAGCAACAACAGCAGCGUCCCGAUCGCUCAAGAAGUCCGCCGCAGAAUCGAUACGAGCUCGGGAAGGGCGCCGGUACUGGUAUCGCCGCGGGCGCGAGGAGUCCUAGUCGAAGUGUGAGCGCCAGUGCGGUCGCGCCAGCGGGUGCGAUGCAGAACGGGCACCAUCAUGUUGGGAGUCUGGGAAGCGGCGGAAGAAGUAGUCCAGGGAGGAAAACGCAGAGCGCGCAUGCUGUGGCGCCGGGUCAGGGCAGACAAGGGCGGGCAAGUGAGGACGAGGAUGUGCCGCUUGCGAUGUGGCAACAGCAGCAGCAACAGCGCAGGGGACGAUGA